AUGACGAAGCGAUUGUUGGACGACACAUAUCUUCAGCGAGAAUUCAAUAGUAUUGAUACAAAAAAAACGGGACGAGUCUCAACCGAUGAUUUCCGACGGUUAGUUUUCGAUACUGAACCUCUUCAAGGUUUUCGGGGUGCAGCUGUCGAUCGUUACCUUCGGCAGCUAAGUGGCAAUACUGGCUACAUUACGUUCAAUCAAUUCCGAGAAUUUAUGCAUGUGGAUACUAGCUCCAUCGAUAAUCCACUCGUUCUUGCUGAAUUAACAGAAGCAUUCAACGAAGUCGAUACGAACAAAGAUGGUUUCAUAUCCCGUGAAGAAGCACAACGCGGAAUUACUAUCGCUGGUGAACGCUUUAAAUACGUUAUCGAUACUGUCGUUGCUGAUCCAAAAGCUGAACGAGAACGGCUGAUCAAAUAUCACUUGUAUGUUCUACGGGAUUUACUCGCUAUUAUUCUAUUGAUUCAAUCGAUUAUUGUCGGCUUGGGAUUUCUUAUGCAAAGUCUAGAUAAGGACAGUCAUCGAAUCGAAAAUCUCUCUCCAACAUUCAUUCGUGGAUUUGCGAUUUAUUAUUUGAGUGCUUUUAUUGUACUGCUUGCGUUAAUUGGUUUUGUAGCGUUGAUUAUCGUAUUUUGCAUGGGCGGUGAGUUAAAUCGACCUAGUUUUGGUACUAACCGAAAUCAUCGACUAGGAAGUAGUUCGGACAGUCCAAACGGAUUCUUUCUUGCAGUGGUAAUUAUGGUUAUCGUUUGUGCGAUUAUUGGAACUGUUGUAGGAAUUGUUUUGAGUGUAAUUAUCUUCAAGAAAAUCUUAAAGCAUCACACUGAACGAUUGUGGUUACGACAGGAAGCGGAGAAAUAUAUCGUUAAAGAUUUUCAAGAACGAAGACAUGAACUGGAACAACAUAGACACGAUGUUUCUACUUAA